AUGGGCGCCAGCUGCGGGGGCCAGCGGCAGGCGGUGCAGAAGGUUUACGGCCAAGGGUCUGGCCUGGAAUGCAGGCACCACGUUCAGAAGUUAAACUUACUGCAGGGUGAGGCAGAGGAAGCAAUUCGUUGGACUUCUCGGACACUGAACGAGGGAAGGGCAGGAGCCAGUCGCUGGAGUAAAUACCUGGACAAGGACAGUGAAGAUCAGGAAGAUGGGGAGGAGAAGGCAGGUACAGAAAGGCAACAGUUCUGUUCCCAAGGGAAGAAUACUGUGGAAGAACAAAGGAAACACCAGAUGUUUCUCUCUAGUGAUGUUCAGGAGCAUGCAGAGGAAAACCAAGUUUUUCAGCUUGCCUACCAAGCCAAAAAGCGCAGGAAAUGUUUGGUAGCAGCAACUAAUCAAGACAGAGAAGGUGCUGUUUCUGCAGACAGUGUGGUUCCUGCUGCCUGUGAGUCUGUAGUGCCUGAGGAGAACGCACAAACCCCAACUGCUUGUACCAAACCCUCCAAGUGGGAAAAAUUCCUUGCGAGUUCUGAUAACUACAGCAAAAAUGGUGCCAGGGUCAUCUCAUCACCACAGGAGGGCAGUGGAAGGAUGGGGUUACACAGCACCACUGCAGCAGGUGCUGAGCCAAGCAGUGUUUCUUGUGAACACCUCUUCUGCACAGGUGAGGAGUUUGAUGAUGAUCUCUGA